CUUCGCCUGGCGGAGUGCGUUGAGCGAAGCACCGGACGUCGGCGCUGGCGGAGCCGGGCGGCGAAGCUGGAGCGGCGGUGGCGGCGGCGGCGGGAGGCCGGGGCCGGGGCUGAGGCCGAGGCCGGGGCUGCGAGGCCCUUGGGGAGACAGGCGGCGGCAGCCCGGGGCCCGAGCCCGGAGGCAGGAGCGACCGCCAUGGCCGAGAGCAUCAUAAUCCGUGUCCAAUCCCCCGAUGGAGUGAAGAGGAUCACAGCAACAAAGAGAGAAACAGCCGCAACAUUUCUGAAAAAGGUUGCAAAGGAGUUUGGCUUCCAAAACAACGGCUUCUCGGUUUACAUCAAUAGAAACAAGACUGGAGAGAUAACAGCAUCGUCCAGCAAAUCCCUGCAUUUGCUAAAAAUCAAGCAUGGCGAUUUGUUGUUCCUGUUCCCCUCAAGCCUUGCUGGACCCUCAUCUGAAAUGGAAACAUCGACCUCAGUAGGGUUAAAGGCCUUUGGUGCUCCUCACGUGGUUGAAGAUGAGAUUGAUCAAUACCUCAGCAAGCAGGAUGGGAAGAUUUAUAGGAGCCGAGACCCACAGUUAUGCCGCCAUGGUCCCUUGGGCAAGUGUGUGCAUUGUGUCCCACUGGAGCCAUUUGAUGAAGACUAUCUGAACCACUUGGAGCCUCCUGUGAAGCACAUGUCCUUCCAUGCCUACAUCCGGAAGCUGACUGGAGGGGCUGACAAGGGGAAGUUCGUUGCCCUGGAGAACAUCAGCUGCAAGAUUAAGUCAGGAUGUGAGGGACACCUCCCUUGGCCAAAUGGUAUCUGUACCAAAUGCCAGCCUAGUGCCAUCACAUUGAACAGACAGAAAUAUAGACAUGUGGACAACAUUAUGUUUGAGAAUCACACUGUUGCUGACCGUUUCCUUGACUUCUGGAGAAAGACAGGAAACCAACAUUUCGGGUACUUAUAUGGACGGUACACAGAGCACAAAGACAUUCCCCUUGGCAUCAGGGCUGAAGUGGCUGCAAUUUAUGAGCCUCCUCAGAUUGGUACACAGAACAGCCUGGAGCUUCUGGAAGAUCCAAAAGCUGAGGUGGUUGACGAGAUUGCCUCCAAACUUGGCCUGAGGAAGGACACCUAUUUCCUGAGUUCAGAAGAAUGCAUCACUGCAGGAGACUUUCAAAACAAGCACCCCAACAUUUGCCGGCUCUCUCCGGAUGGUCAUUUUGGAUCCAAGUUUGUUACUGCAGUGGCCACAGGUGGUCCUGAUAACCAGGUUCACUUUGAAGGGUACCAGGUAUCCAAUCAGUGCAUGGCACUGGUCCGAGAUGAGUGUCUUCUACCUUGUAAGGAUGCCCCUGAGCUCGGCUAUGCCAAGGAGUCCAGCAGUGAACAAUAUGUUCCUGACGUGUUUUACAAGGACAUAGACAAGUUUGGCAAUGAGAUCACCCAGCUGGCCCGUCCCCUGCCUGUGGAGUAUCUCAUCAUAGAUAUCACAACCACCUUCCCCAAGGAUCCAGUUUACACUUUUUCUAUUUCUCAAAAUCCGUUUCCUAUUGAAAACCGGGAUGUGCUGGGUGAGACACAGGACUUCCAUAGUUUGGCCACCUACUUGUCCCAGAAUACCUCAUCUGUGUUCUUGGAUACCAUCUCCGACUUCCAUCUCCUGUUGUUUCUGGUCACCAAUGAAGUCAUGCCACUGCAGGACAGUAUCAGCCUGCUGCUAGAAGCCGUCAGGACCAGAAACGAGGAGCUAGCACAGACAUGGAAAAAGUCUGAACAGUGGGCCACCAUUGAGCAGCUGUGCAGCACUGUUGGUGUGCAGCUCCCAGGCCUCCAUGAGUUUGGUGCAGUCGGGGGCUCUGCACGCGCUGCUACCUCUGCCAUGUGGGCUUGUCAGCACUGCACCUUCAUGAACCAGCCUGGCACAGGCCACUGCGAGAUGUGCAGCCUUCCCCGGACCUAGGGCUCUGGACCUCUGCUGUGUAGGACUGGGCCUGUCCAGCCCUCUCUGAAGUCUGGAGUGCCAUAUGUUCCCUAUAAGGCCUGAAGCCCACAGCCCUGAAACAGUGGGGCCAGCUACCCUGGUAUUCCAGAUAUACUGAAGCGUCUCAGUGCAGAUCUUGAAGAGAAAGAACCCCAACUGCUGUGCUGGGGUUGAACACAACCUCCCAACUGGAAAGGCAGAGCAGACUUGCCCAAGAGCACCCCACUUGCCUCACUUAGUCAAUAACUCCCCACUGUGUUGGAGGACUGGACACCUCCGACCAACCACCUGAAAUCGGGGUGCACAGAGAGGGUGCUGCUGUCACCCAGCCAUCUUUCCUUCCUCUAUGAUUUUUGUUUUCUGCCUUCCCACCUUCUUCCCCAGUGUUUGGAUGGAUGCUCCUAGUUGUCUCUGUUCCCUUGUUGUGGGGCUGUGUCCCUCCUUUGGGAGCAUGUGUGGCUAGGGUGUGGUAGCCUUGGUCUGACAUGCAGUGUAGUACGUCCCUGCCCUUUACUUGUCUGAAAUCAGCAGUUAUCAGUAAUUCCCACCCAGGAAACUUUUAUUUAUUGUUUUUUUUUUGUUGUUGUUUGUUUUGUUUUGUUUUUUAAGAUAAAACUGCACAGAUGGAGUGAGAUAGAUUUAAUUCUACUCUCUUUCCUCCUUUAGUGCAGCCCCUCUUGGGUGGUUUAUUGGGCAGGAGGCCACCAUCUUUUCUCCUCUGAAGCAAACCUCAGUGCCUGAGACUUUCCUGCCUGCCACGCUGCAGACAGUAGAGAUUGGUAGCACAGGUGGUUCAUCAGAGCAGUAGUGGCUCUUGCCUCACAGACAGCCCCUUCAAGUCUAGGGCAGCCCUGGAGUUCUGGUCCCUAAUGUGUCCCUACAUUAUGGCCUUCUUGCACAGUGCUGUGGCAGUUGAGAAAGCCUAGAAAAGGUGCCCCUGUGACCACUGUGAGGCAUGUAGAAACAGUUUGAGGGUCCUGUGUGGCUGCGUUAUGACAGCCCUUACCCAGGUAAGAUAUGGAUAUCUUGAUGCCUCGUUGCCUUAAUGAGAGCUAAGUCAGCUGUCCUUCACCCUGGGAAAGGCCAUGCCAACUGUGGACUGCUGGGAGCCAUGCGUGUCACUUGAGUAGAGUGCACCCGUGCUUCCUUCCCCAUCUUUGGCCCUAUGGACAGAGCACUUGUUGCUAGGUUAUCGUGUGGCAGGGCUGGCCAGCACCGUCGGUCUCACCUGACAUGAGAUCUGAAGCUACAGCCCUGGAGCUGAGGAGCCACUGUGCUUGGUUUGGUAUUGACAGGGUCAUCUUGGAGGGUUGGGAGUGGUGGAGAGCAGGGCAAGCAAUCUCUCCAGCUACCUGCCAACAGUAUAGAGAUAAAGUGCUGAGGGCUGUCUAACCUCCCUCCUGGUAGUGUCCCGGCUAGGGCUUCACCUUUCUGUUUUUUUCUGGUCCCUAAGUCUGGUAGACUGGAUGUCCUUGUAUUUCUGUGUCUGCAACUAAGCUAUGUUUCUGAUGCCAAUCAUUCUAGCACUAUUACUCACGUUGGGCAGGUGCUGGGCAGCACAGACUCUGGAGACCUGUUUGCUACUGCUUAUUCCCCCAUUCAUCUUUGUCUACAAAGUUAAUUACGUUCUCGAGUUCUGGCAUCCACAUAAUUCUUGUUUUUCUCUGACUUUUAGCUAAAGAAAUUUUUUGUGAUUUCUCUGCUUAUGGUUUUGAGUUACUCUUUGUUCAGUAAUGCACUUUAUUUUAUUGUCCAAAGAGAGUCAAGCUAAAGCUACUGGCUUGGGAGUGAGCCCUACACUAGGUUCAGACCUGGGCAGCUCAGCUACCUCCUCCUACAUGGAGGUGGCCCUGGUCCCACCUCUAAUCCCUCCUGCCAUCAGGCCCUACAGCGCAAAAAGAGGCGCCUGUGUGCAUACACCCACACGAACCCAGUGGCUGUUAUGGUCCUCAUCAGGCUCAGAGAUGGGGUCUAGCCCUGGCCUUGCUCUGACUAGCCGCAGCCGGCUCCUGGGACAUGGGUGCUCCCGCUUCGGCUCUGCUUUGGGCUCACAAGUGUGUGUUGGCUGGGUGUGGACCCCAGCCCUGCAGUGGAACCUAAUAAAAGCGCCUGAAGCGAU